AUGCGCGCCGCCUGUUUCGUCCUUCUUGCUUCUCUCGCUUUGGGUGUUAGUGCCAAUAUCUCUUGCUACCAAUGUACAUCCAACGAGAACCCAACUUGUGAUGCAAACGACGACGGAGCACUUGAGGCUUUCAAGAAGACAUGCACACCACUAACUGAGGGAACUUUCAAAGGAAACGCUGCUGUUGGAUGCCGUAAAAUCACACAGAGCGUAGAAGGAGUUCUUUCCGUUGUCAGAGAGUGCGCUUAUUCUGGAGAGCCAGUUGACGGACUCAAGAAGACUGGAAACCAUGCUAUCCGCAUUCACUAUUAUCAAUGCGAGAACGAGAAGGCUGGAACUCCAUGUAACUCUGUCGCCGGCGUGUUCUCACCACUCUCAAUUCUCUCUCUCAUCGCGAUCUACCUUCUUCAUUAGAAAAAUUCCAGGAAUCAAAUAUAUUUUUAAAAUUGUCUUUACCUCGUUUCAUUUCGCUUUUACACACAGUUUUAUACAAAAAUCGUUUAUUUUCCA